UUUACCUACAGCGACCAAACCGCCCGAGAGGCUGGUGCUCGUCUGGUCAAAAGCCAGUCGUAUAGUUGAGCUCGCCGUAAGCUACACGGAAUCUCUUUUCGAAAACAAAGUUACAGUACCUGAUGGAAGAUGAAGGGCGUUCUGGUGAUGAUAUUCGCCCGGUUGGUCAUGGGAUACGGCUUUGAGGCAGAGGACUAUGCCGCACACAUUCUGCAGCACGUGAAACCCCGUGUGUCCGAGUCAGUGCAGCAACAGGCAGCACUGGAAGUUAUUGCCCGGAUCUUGCCUCAGCAGCAAGCGCAACUGUUCCGCGUACGAGUGGAUAGUUCUAUGGAAAGAAAUUCGUUUCAUGUGUUUAAAGGGGAAGAAGCACCCGAUCCAUCGGUGGUACAGAUCACAGCAUCCAGUGGUGUCGCAGCUACAAAAGCGUUCUACCAUUAUCUGCGAUACUGGUGCCGGGUGUUGGUGGCCUGGGAAGGUAGUCAGCUGAAUCUGCCGCCAGAACUUCCAUCCGUCAAUGUGAGCGUUACGGCGCCUAGCAGUAUUGUGUACUAUCAGAACGUGUGCACCUGGUCGUACUCCUUCACCUGGUGGAGUUGGCCACAGUGGCGCAAGCACAUCGACUGGAUGGCACUGCAGGGCAUAACACUCAGCUUAGCACCAUUCCAGGAGGACCUUUGGACGGAUGUCUAUCUCCAGUACAAUCUCACCCGUUCCCAGAUCGACGAUCAUCUGGCCGGGCCCGGAUUCUUCGCCUGGCAGCGUAUGGGCAACAUCCGUGGCUGGGGUGGACCAUUAACGGCAAGCUUCACCCACUUUGCCCACACGCUUCAGACGCGUGUAGUGGCCGAGAUGCGGCGCCUCGGGAUGGCUGUAGCACUGCCAGCUUUCGCCGGACAUUUGCCAGUGCAGUUCCGUACCCUGUACCCGAACGUAUCGUUCGCGAGCGUGUCCGUGUGGAACAACUUCCCGCCGCAGUACGCUAGCCCACUGUUUCUGGCUCCCACCGAGUCACUGUUUGCGGAGAUUGGAUCACGGUUUCUGAGGCGUGCGAUCGCCACGUACGGUACCGAUCAUGUCUACUUUAGCGAUCCGUUUAACGAAAUUAAUCCAGCUCAAACGAGCGGCAGGUACUUGUCGAGUGUGUCCGGGGCGAUAUACAGCGCAAUGACGCAGGUAGAUCCGGACGCGAUCUGGCUGCUGCAGGGCUGGAUGUUUGUGAAGAAUCCGUUCUGGAGUGAUCGUGCUGUUAGAUCGUUCCUGUCGGCGGUACCGCUUGGUCGGAUGCUUGUGCUGGAUUUGCAGUCGGAGCAGUAUCCACAGUACGUGCGGACCGCGUCCUAUGCCGGGCAACCGUUUAUCUGGUGCAUGCUGAGCAACUUCGGAGGAACGCUAGGCAUGCUCGGUUCGGUCGAGAACGUGCACCGAGGUAUUCGGGAGGCAAGAGGCAAUGGGUCGUACACGCUGCUCGGUACAGGUAUCACACCCGAAGGAAUCAAUCAAAACUAUGCGCUGUACGAGUUUGCACUCGAGAUGGGAUGGAAUGCGGAGCUGGACAGCACGGAGCAAUGGUUCGAUGAGUAUGCUGAGGCUCGGUAUGGAAAUGAUACUGGAGACGGGUUGGCAAAAGCACAGCAGGCGUGGAGCAUCUUCCGCGGUACGGUGUACGCGUUCGAGGGUCUUGAGCUAAUGCGCGGCAAGUACACGUUCAAUCGUCGUCCAAGCUCCAAAAUAAAACCCUGGGUAUGGUACAACGUGACGACCUUCAAUCAAGGCGCGGAACUUCUCCUAUCAUUCGCCGAAGCAUCACCUUGCAAUCACCUUUGCCAGUACGAUCUCGUCGAUGUAACCCGCCAGUGUCUGCAAAACACAGCCGACGCACUCUAUCUCACCCUGAUGGACAACUUCAAGCAGCGCAACAUUAUGCUGUUCCGUAAGCACUCCUCACUGUUGCUACAACUACUGGCCGAUCUCGACCAGCUCCUGCUUACCGAAGAGCACUUCCUGCUAGGGCCGUGGCUCGAAUCAGCCAAAUCGUUCGCAGAAACGAGCCUCGAACGGCACAAGUACGAGUAUAACGCACGCAUCCAGAUCACGCUCUGGGGUCCCCAGGGCCAGAUAGUCGAUUACGCCAACAAGCAGUGGGCCGGCAUGGUGCACGAUUUCUUUCGCGCACGGUGGCGUGUGUUUCUGAACGAGCUUGAGCAGGCGCUCGCAUCGAACGGGUCGAUAAACGAUCUCAAGAUACGGGACAAGAUAUUUCGCACCGUUGAGCUACCGUUCGUGGCGGACCGGAAAAGGUACGCAACUCAGCCGACGGGUGAUACGUUGCGCACAGCACGGACAUUGUACGAUCGGUGGACUAAAGUUGUGCCAACGUUGAGGGAAGUGCCCGUUAAUCCUACCCGUCGCAAAUCGGAGAAACAUAGGCGGAAUAAAUGGUUUGAUUAAACUGUC